UAUGAGGGGUUGUGUGAAAUUAUUUUUCUCUUGCCGAACCACAAAGACAUAGAAUCAAACUGCUGCUUUUGGACAUAUUGGCUUUUCUUUCUUUCUUUUAUUCUUCUCUAUCUUCUGUUUCUUGUGGAUAUUAUGGCUAAUAACACAACAAGUUUAGGGAGUCCAUGGCCAGAAAACUUUUGGGAGGACCUCAUCAUGUCCUUCACAGUGUCCAUGGCCAUCGGGCUCGUAAUUGGAGGAUUUAUUUGGGCUCUGUUCGUUUGUCUGUCUCGAAGAAGAGCCAGUGCUCCCAUCUCGCAGUGGAGUUCAAGCAGGCGAUCUAGGUCUUCUUACACUCAUGGCCUCAACAGGACUGGCUUUUACCGCCACAGCGGCUGUGAACGUCGCAGCAACCUCAGCCUAGCCAGUCUGACUUUCCAGCGGCAAGCUUCUCUGGAACAAGCAUAUUCUUUUCCAAGAAAAUCAAGUUUCAGGGCUUCUACUUUCCAUCCCUUUCUGCAAUGUCCACCACUUCCAGUGCAAACCGAAAGUCAACUGGUGACGCUCCCUUCUUCCAGCACCUCGGCCACCAUCCCUACGUCCCACAGUCUGAGUCCAGACUUCCGCUGGUCCAGUAACAGCCUUCGAGUUGGCCUCUCCACACCUCCCCCACCUGCCUAUGAGUCCAUUAUAAAGGCUUUCCCAGAUUCCUGAGUAGGGUGUUUUCAUUUUUAAAUUUUGUUUUCUUUCUUUUCUUCUUUUGUUGGAAGGAAACUAUAAUUUUAAGGAAAUGGACCAAAUGACUAAUGAAUUUUCAAGUUGAAAUACAUUUAUGUAAGCUGGACAUUACAACAUAAAAUACUUUUUUUAAGUAAAAUGAAAAUGCUUCUUUUCUCUCAUGUCUCACAAAAAAAGUAAGAUUUUCCCAAAUAGUUACAUAUUGACAUAUUUUGCAUUCAUUCUGAGGUUUAUUAAAUAUACUUAUUCAAAUGUAAGAAUCAGCUAUGAUACAGUCAGUAUUUAUAUUUCAGAUUAAAAUAGACUUUAAAUGUUUGUGGUUUACAACCCUCAUUCAUUUUUCUGUGUGACUAUAAAGAG